ACCUUCGGGGAGAAGGUUCUGGGCCCCCUGGCCUGGGUGAUGCCCUUGGCCGUGGCUCUCUCCACCUUCGGCGGCGUCAACGGCUCCUUGUUCACCUGCUCCAGGCUGUUCUACGCGGGCGCCAGGGAGGGGCAGCUGCCGGCGCUGCUGGCCAUGAUCCACGUGCGGCGCCACACGCCCGUCCCCGCCCUGCUCGUCACCUGCGUGUCCACGCUGCUGAUGCUGGUGACGGGCGACAUCUACACCAUUAAUUACGUGGGCUUCGCAUUACCUGUGGUAAUGGCGUCACCGGCGGGCGGGCUGCUGCUGCUGCGCCGCCGCGAGCCCCACACGCCCCGCCCCAUCAAGGUUCACCUGCUGUUCCCGGCGCUGUACCUGCUCUUCUGGGGGGCGCUCCUGCUCUUCUCCGUGUGGUCCGAGCCGCUCGUGUGCGGCGUGGGCCUGGCCGUCAUGGCCACGGGCGCGCCCGUGUACCUGCUCUGCCUGCGGCAGGGCGGCGGCGGCGCAGCGCCCCGGCCCCCCGGCCUGCGCAGGGCCGUGG